AUGAGGGGGCUCGGGGCCAUCGCGGUUUUGGGGACGCUCCUGCUCCUGGCCGAGGCUCAGCGGCGAGCCGCUGGCCGGAGCCGUGGCCGGAGCCCGGCGUGGAGCGGGCGGCCGGCGCCGUUCCGCAGCUGGAACACGGGGCUCUACCAGCCCUGGCGCCAGGGGAACCGCGACUGCUGGCGAGGCGGCGACGUCACCUUCGACAUCAGCAACGACGCUCCCACCAUGGCGGGUGCCCAGGCCACCUUCUCCAUCGCCCUGCGCUUCCCGGGCAACCAGACCGUGCUGCCCGACGGCCGCGUGGUGUGGGGCCAGAACUGCACUGUCAACGGCACGCGGGUGGCACAGGGGGACCCGGUGUUCCCGGAGCAGCCGGACGCCACCGGAGCCUUUCCCGACGGGCAGCCCAUGCCCAGGGGCAAGCGGGGAAAGUUCGUCUACGUCUGGUGGACCUGGGGGCGGUACUGGCAGGUGGUGGACGGCGCGGCGUCGCAGCUGACGGUGGGCACGGCCGGGGUGCCCCUGGGCUCCUACACCAUGGAGGUGGUCGUUUACCACUACCGGGGCCGCCAGAAGUUCAUCCCCAUCGGCCACGCCAGCACCCAGUUCAGCGUCACCGACCAGGUCCCGUUCGCCGUGGACGUGUCGCAGCUGCAGGACGCGGUGACGGGCGACGGGCGCUUCGUGCGGAACCGCGCCGUCUCGUUCACGGUGCGGCUGCACGACCCCAGCCGCUACCUGCGAGACGCCGACGUGUCCUACUCGUGGGACUUCGGGGACCAGAGCGGGACCCUCAUCUCUCGCAGCGCCACCGUCACCCACACCUACCUGGACACCGGCACCUUCUCGGCCCGCCUGGUGCUCCAGGCCGCCAUCCCCCUCAGCCCCUGCGGCCCCACGACCGCGCUGGCGCCUUCCGCGGGUCCCACGGCCACCACCGACGCCGGGGGACAGAGCACGGUGGCGGCGGCCACCACGGCCUCCGGGGAGCCCGCGGAGCCCACGGGGGGUUCGGCGGCGGAGCCCUCGGACCCCGCCGUCACCGAGCCCUCCGUCCCCGCCAUCACCGAUCCCGCUGGCACCGCCGCCAUCGAGCCCUCCGGCGCCGCUGCCACCGAGCUCUCGGCCGCCACCGCCACCGCCGCUGGCACCGCGGCCGUCGCCUCCUCCGCGCCCCUCGCUGUCGCCACGGAGGUCGGGGACACCUCGGUCACCGCGGCCCCCGCGGAGGGGACAGCGGCUGCAGAUGCGGCGACAGACGGAGGCGUGGAUGAUGUCACAGCUGGGGCCACAGCUGUCGCAGCCACAGCUGGAUCCGCCACAGCUGCUGCAGGCACAGCUGGAUCCGCCACAGAUGCGGCAGCCACAGCUGUCGCAGCCACAGCUGGAUCUGCCACAGCUGUCGCAGCCACAGCUGGAUCCGCCACAGAUGCUGCAGCCACAGCUGGAUCCGCCACAGAUGCGGCAGCCACAGCUGUCGCAGCCACAGCUGGAUCCGCCACAGAUGCUGCAGCCACAGCUGGAUCCGCCACAGAUGCUGCAGCCACAGCUGCACCAGCCACAGCUGGAUCUGCCCUCGAUGCCACCGCUGCAGCCACGCUCGGUGUCACCGUGGGUGCCACCAUAGAAGCCACCGCAGGAGCCACUGCAGUGUCCCUGGCUGCUGCCACAGCUGGAGCCACAGCUGGAGCCACAGCUGGAGCCACAGUUGGAGCCACAGCCGCAGCCACAGCUGGAGCCACAGCUGCCGCCACCACAGCCCAGCCGCUGGCACUGGUCAAGCGCCAGGCCCCGGCCGAGGACUCUCCCGGCUGCGUCCUGUACCGCUACGGCACCUUCUCCACGCAGCUGGACAUCGUCCAGGGCAUCGAGAGCGUGGCCAUCGUGCAGGUGCUGCCCGAGAGCGGCGGCAGCAGCGUGGAGCUGACGGUGACCUGCGAGGGCGGGCUGCCCGAGGAGGUGUGCACGGUGGUGGCGGACGCCGAGUGCCGCACGGCCGAGGCGGAGUCGUGCUCGCCGGUGUCGCCGGCGCCGGGCUGCGAGCUGGUGCUGCGCCAGGACUUCAACCGCUCCGGCCUCUUCUGCCUCAACGUGUCCCUGGCCAACGGCAACGGGCUGGCCGUGGCCACCACCCGCGUGGCCGUGGGAGGAGCCGCCCCCGCCGCCGGCAGGACCACGCUGUUCGUGGGGCUCGUGCUGGUGGCGGCCGCCCUGGGCACGGCGGCGUACACCUACAGACGAGUCAAGUACACGGCACUGUCCCCGGCGCCCCCCGCGCCCCCCGCCCGGCCCCGGGGGUGGCUGUCCCCAAGUGUCACCGUGCGCCGCCUGCUGCAGCGCACCCUGGGCGGGGCCCCGAGCGGCGAGAGCAGCCCCCUCCUCCGGGGUCACUCGGUCUAG